AUGUCGGCAAAGCUCGUGGAAAAUGAGAAAGCUGUGAACAACGUUGCAGCCAGCGUGACACAGAUGACCAAGUCAGGACUGAAGAAGGAGAAGAUACUACAACGCCCGAACAAGCUGGAGGACAACAUGAAGAACAAACAAGACAAAUCGGAGAAGGAGCGCGCUCCGAUACGCCUACCAGCGACCUGUCCUGACGGUUACAAGAAGUACCAUGAAAUCUGCUACAAAGCCUUUCAAGCCUUGAAGACCUUCUCCAAAUCGGCCGAGACCUGUCGGGCUGACGGAGGCACCCUGGCCAUGCCCCGCGACGCCGGUAUCCACGACUUCCUCGUCUCCCUGAUGAAACAGACAUUCGAUUUUUGGAUCGGCUUACAUGAUGAGCGACAGGAAGGCAAGUGGGAGUGGAUAGACGGCACCGCUCUGGGGAAAGGCUACAACCGCUGCUCCAGGCAAGUAACCGGACCCCCAUAUAUGGGAAGCGGCCCCGGCUACAGUCGUGAAACGUGGGCCCCGACAUCCGGGUGUGUAGACGACUUAGAAAUGACGUAG